AACAAGGAAAAGAAUCUGCCCUUAAUCAGGUUAAAUAUAACGUAUAUUAAAUCUAUUUUGUCUGAAAGAUGGCAUUUGAUGAUGUUAGUUUGAUCGCACAACAAAUUAAUUAUCAAAAUAAACUCUCUGAAGCAGAUGCACAGCAUCUACGAAAUUUAACGAUACAACUAAAAAAUCCUGUAUUACCACAGCAUGAAAUUGAAUCACGUGCUGGAUCUCGUCCUCCAACACAUGAAGAAAUAGAAAAAUUUGAAAAAAUUGCAUCACUUAAAAAGGGAUGUUACUCCCCAUUAGAAGAUAAGAUAAUCAGUGAUAACUGGAAAUCAUUCUGUAAGUUGCAUAAUUGGGAGUUUGCAAACGUUCAUCCAUUUUUACUUCUACGAGAUAAUAAUAGAUCAUAUAUUCGUAGUAAAAGGGAAAGACGAAAAUUUGUACAAUUUUUAGCAGAUGGCUUACCACAUAGAACCUUGUAUAGCAUAUAUCACAGAUUUAGAAAUUUAUAUGCAGAUCGUUGUCAAAGAAGGUUCCUUCCAGAGGAAGAUAAAAUGAUUAUAGAUCAUCUAGAAUGCAAUGAAAACCUUGAUGAAAAACGGAAGUAUUCAGAUUUGGCAAAAGUUUUAAAACGAACACGAGCAUCCAUUUGGCGUCGUUAUACAUUACUUAAGAAGAAACGUCAACAUAAGAAAUAAAAAAUAACCAAUAAAAGUUAUUCAUAAAAUAGUAUUAAUUUUCCUCUUAUUUUUUUGAAUUUGUGUCUUGUAAUCCUUGAAAUCUUUGUCUACUCGUAUAUUAAUUCACAUUAAAUUUUUACCUUACCCUUGACCAUCUUUAUAUAUAGUUAAGUAUUAUGUUUUAUAUUAUUUGCUAUUAUAUGACAAGUUCAUAAAUAAUCGUUAUCUACUACUUUUAUGAUAUUAUGAUAAAAAGGUGAUAAUACAUGAAAAUAGUAAUAUUUUAGUUAUAUACAUCUAAGAAAUGCACACAUAAGAAUUUGUUACACUUUUCUCAUCUACAAUAAUAAUAUUUCAUAUGCAUCCUAAUAUUAAAUUAUUCUCAUACUGAUAAAUUGUAUCUAUAAAUGAAUAUGUCAUAAUUAUUAUAAAUUAUUUUAAUAUUAAGUAAGUUUUGAUUACGCAUUGCCCAGUAGAGAAUGUUUUGAAUCAUGCAUAUAUUUAUUUCCCUAUCCAAAUGUUUUCAUUGAUUUGCUAAAUUUGUUUAAAUUCACUAAUAAUAAUAAUAAUAAUAAUAA